AUGUUAUUUGGGGAUGCGAGGAGUAGAGCUGCGUACGAGGAAUUUGGUGAUGUUGUUUGUUUUGAUAGCACGUACUUGACAAACAAAUUUAACCUACCCUGUGCUAUAUUUGUUGGGGUCAAUCAUCAUGGGCAGAGUAUUUUAUUUGGAUGUGCAUUGAUAUCUUGGGAGACUGCUGAGACUUAUGAGUGGGUGUUGAGGACAUGGUUGCAUUGCAUGGGGUGCAAAGCUCCUAUCUCGAUCCUUAUAGAUCAAGACACAACAAUUAGAAGAGAUGUCUACUCGACGAUGAGUCAAACGUGCCACAGGUGGUGCAUAUGGCACAUCCUUCAGAAGUUCGGCAGGUACGUAGGUAAGCACGAGGUGUAUGAUGUCGUAAAGGAUAAGUUGGAGAAUAUCUUAUACGGAAGUUUAGAUGAGGAUAAAUUUGAUGCUCGGUGGUUGGAAGCUAUUGAACAUUAUAAGCUGCAAGAUAACGCUUGGCUAGAAGCUUGUUUCUGUUACUAUUUUGUGCUGCUGAUGUCUGUUCGCAGAAAGGGACAUGUGGAUCCCAGGAUAUUUGAAGCACUUGUUCUAGGCAGGGAUGAAAACCACACAACGGUCGGAGAGCUUCAAUCAUUUCUUCAAAGGAUAAGGGCUGAAUCGGAGCAAAUUACGGACUCAAACACGCUCCAUUACGUUAGGCAUUUAUGUACUGACUUCCCUGCUAAAGAGAUGUUCCAGAAGUGCUACACUGAUGCCAAGUUUAAAGAAGUGCAACGUGAGUGUACCAAGUGUUUGUAUGUGCAUUGUUUAGAUCAGCUUGAAAUUGGUGACAAUCUUAUGAAUUUGUUCUUGAGGAUCGCGUGUGGAUUAAGCCAAAACUUCCAAAGAAAGAAUCAGUGUCAAAAAUUAGGAGAUGCUAUAGGUGGUGUUAGCAUUUUUCCGGAGAAAUAUGUUCUUCGUCGUUGGAGGAAGGAUGUUCAAAGGAAGCACACUAGAGUAAAAGUUGCUUACCACGAUCCACUAAAGACUAAUGAAGUGAGGCAGUAUCAGAAGCUGAUGGUCGAUUAUGAACCUAUUUGCUCAAAGGCAUCUACAUGUGCAGAGAGUGUUGAAGCUGUUGUGGAUUUGCUGCAACUGAUGGACCUACGAGUAUAUGAAGUCCUAGCCAUGGUGGAGAAAAGGCGGCAACAUCAAGAUAAGGAUAAGGACAAUGAUGAAGAAGAUGAGGGGGUUGAUGGUGUAGUCCGAACGCCUUCAUCUGAAGGAAUGACUACACCAGCAAUUCCUGUACAAGGCAUCCCAAAUAUAAUAACACCAAUAAGUACUUAUCAGGGGAGUUGCGAUGGAUCUGUCCUUGCAAGGAUUAAAGAUCCACCCUUACCUAAGAAGAAGGCACAUAUAGGACUACCAGUGUAA